CCCUUCCACUUUCCCCUUCCCUUCCCUUGCAUUCGCGCGUUUUCCACCUCCCAUCACGACCUCUUCCUGACGUUUCCCCAAUUCCUCCGCGCUAAGCAGAGCAACAGCGAUGGCGACGAAGUACGCUGCCGCCGCGGCUGAUCUGGUCACGGGCCGUCCGCGGAAGCGGGCGAGGCUUGGCUGGGACGUGGCGUCGGCUGCCGAGGCUCAGAUAGGAACAUUUUGUGGGCAAGAAGUUGGUGAUGUGGCCAGCCUGCUAUUAUCAGCAAAUCCUUCCGACCAUACUUGUUCGUCUCUGCUCCCGAAGGGUGUGGCUCGAAAUGCUUCCCCUCCCUGGAGAGAAGACGAUAAAGAUGGCCAUUAUGUAUUUGCUGUUGGAGAGAAUUUGGCCUCUCGCUACAAGAUAUACAGAAAAAUGGGUGAAGGUACUUUUGGUCAAGUACUGGAAUGCUGGGACCGAGAAAGCAAAGAGAUGGUGGCUAUUAAAAUUGUUCGCUCUGUAAAGAAAUACAGUGAUGCAGCAAUGAUAGAAAUUGAUGUCCUGCAGAAGCUUGCAAAAAAUGAUGCUGCAGGCAAACAUUGUGUUCAAAUACGGAACUGGUUUGACUAUCGUAGCCAUAUUUGUAUUGUCUGCGAGAAGCUUGGCCCAAGCUUAUAUGAUUUUCUGCAGAAAACCGGCUUCCAUCCAUUCCCAAUUGAUCUAAUUCGCCGGAUCGGACAGCAACUUUUGGAAUCUGUUGCAUUCAUGCAUCGUCUUCAGCUAAUUCAUACUGAUCUGAAACCAGAGAACAUCCUCCUCGUUUCUUCAGAUUAUGUCAAGUUACCUGAUCCCAAGGACGGAUCAUUCUCAAGGAAACUGCCAAAAUCAAGUGCCAUUAAAUUGAUUGACUUUGGAAGUGCAGCAUACCAUCACCAGGAUCGCAGUUACAUUGUAUCUACCAGACACUAUCGCGCCCCUGAAGUUAUUUUGGGACAUGGAUGGAGCUAUCCAUGUGAUAUCUGGAGUGUUGGUUGUAUACUUGUUGAGCUUUGCUCGGGUGAGACACUGUUUCAGACUCACGAUAACUUGGAACACCUUGCAAUGAUGGAUAGAGUUCUAGGUCCUCUUCCACGGCACAUGCUGGAAAGAGCCGACCAGCAUGCGGAGAAGUACGUCAGAAAAGGAGGAUUGAACUGGCCACAAGCAAUAACAACAGUAGAGAGCGUUAGAGCUGUUCUCAAACUGCCUCGCCUUCAGAACCUGGUGAUGCAGCAUGUGGAUCACUCUGCGGGGGACUUCAUUGACCUUCUGAAGCGCCUCUUAGCCUAUGAGCCCUCGGGAAGGUUGACUGCUCAAGAAGCGUUGGGCCAUGUCUUCUUUACCAGAUACCGGCAAUAACAAGUCGCCUCGCCAUGACAUCUUCGAUGAUUGGCUAUGGCACAUUUAUCUGACGAAGAAUUAACAAAAUCUAGAGACAGUUGGCGAGUUCUGAGUAUUCAGAGGCAAGAGAUACAGCCUUGAGAGAAUUCAGAUGGUCGUUGAACAAAGAGAACUUGGCGCGAGUGCUUGUAGACAUAUCUGGUAUAUGUGUGUGUGCACGAAGAUUGCGGUUGGAUACCAAUGUAAAUGCAAGUGUAACUGAAUUAACUGUUACAAAUUUUUCUUUAUAAGCUGCAAGCUCAC